AUGGAUGUAGAUCUUGAGGUGAUACCAGAGGAAGAUGAAGACCCUAAAGCAGAACCUGAAGUGGCCCCAGAAGUAGAACCUGAAGAUGAGCUUGAAGAGGAACCAGAGGACGUACCCGAGUAUGAGCCAGAGUACGAUCUCGAGUUUAUGCCAGAGGACGAGUCGGAUGUGGAGCCAGAGGAGGAGGAGCGAGCUCAGGAACGAGCGGCCACUAUUGCCCAAGCUGCUGAGGCUGCUGCAGCCGUUGCCAUCAAGGGCAACAAUGGGAAUCAAGGGCAAGGGCAAGGGCAGGUGAAUGCGAAUCGUCAGAUGCAUCAGUUGGUAGAACAAUUCUUAAAAUUAAAGCCCCCUAAGUUUGAUGGUAAAGGCGACCCUGAAGCUGCAUCGCUUUGGGUAGAGGAAUUAGAAAAGGCCUUUGAGGUACUAGGGUGCACCGAAGAAGAGAAGGUAACCCUGGCAGUGUACCAGUUCCAAGGAAACGCAAGUAAUUAG